AUGCAACGGAAUGAUGUUUACUUAAAUUAAAUGUGCUCGUGGAAGUUGUGUGGCAAUCGAUUUCAAAGAGAAGUAGAUUUACAUAAGCUUAAGAAAUUCUGGAAAAAAGGAUGACGCAAUUUUCUAUUAAAACUGUUUUCAAGAUUAUCUUUUCCAUUUUCCUGCUAUUGCGAUUAGCAAAUGGUGAUGUUAUUUCGACAUUUUUCUCUGGCUACGAUAAGGCAAUAAGACCCAACUUUGAGGAACAGAAGCCCACGAUCGUCUAUUGUAACUUGUAUGUGGAAUCUUUUGGAAACAUUGAGGAGGCUAACAUGGAAUACAAGGUGUACACCUAUUUUCGGCAGCGUUGGACGGACUUCCGCCUCGCUGGAAAGCUUAACUACACCCUUACCAUAAAAGGAGGUGAUAUCGAAAAUAUCUGGGUCCCAGAUCCCUACUGUUACAAUGCACGCGAGUCGAACAUGAUGAUGCCUGACGAAGAGACACACAGCAAUCUUAAAAUUAAACCAAACGGAGAAAUAAUUUACAGCAGAGGGGUUACUCUUCUCGCCUCGUGUGUUAUGGACCUUCGGAAUUUCCCAAUGGAUUCCCAGAGAUGUACCUUGAAGUUUGGAAGUUAUGGGUACACUACUGAGGACAUCGUCUUUGAGUGGAUCGCUGACGAAACAGAGAUUGAUGUAGGAAACAAAGAAAUGGCGCAAUUUGAUUACAAAGGCUCUGAACUGACAUCGGGAACAGACGUGUUUGACACAGGAAAUUUCUCAACUUUGACAGUCACGUUUUCAUUUAAGCGGCGCAUUGGUUAUUUCCUCAUCCAAGUCUACUUUCCAGACAUUUUUGUCGUGACGCUAAGCUGGAUUGUCUUUUGGAUGGAAAAAGAUGAUAUGGGAAACAGAAUGGCCUUGGGAAUCACCACUAUAUUAACCAUCAUGUUUCUUCUUGGUUCUCUUAACGGGAACUUGCCCAGAGUCAGCUACCCCAAGGCUUUGGACUGGUAUCUAUUAGUGUCAUUUAGCUUUGUGUUCCUGUCGUUGAUGGAAUGCAUGGUCGUGUUUCUUUUUGCAUCGAGAGCCAAACAGGAUGAGACACAGAUUAAAUACAAGAAGAACGAUAUUCCUCUAACGAAAAGAUUCUCGUCAUCCCUGAGGUCCGUGAUUGGUUCAAAGUCUUCUUCAACUAACUCUCCAAAUGGAGGAGUUUCAAACAUUGGUUCUGGUGACGAUCUGGAAAUGGUACACAGGGCAACCAAAGUUGGUAAGAUCGUGGUGGACGAUAAUUCAUCAAUACAAAGAGAGAGGAGUACCAAAAGCAAAAGAAUGGAAAUGAUAGCGAGCAAGAUCGAUAGAGCAUCGCGAGUUCUUUUUCCAUCAGUUUUUAUCCUCUACAAUAUCUUCUACUGGACAUACUACUAACUGGCACAAAAUUGAUGUAUGAAUGCCGCUUUUUGCUUACGAUGUUCAAUGAUAACGGUGAUAACUAUAAUUUAGUAAUAAUGUCGACAAGAACGAGUUUAAUAGUUAUGAUAAUCUGCCUGUUUUUGUCAAUAUUUGAUUGUUAACAUCAUCUGUAAGAUCUGCGUCUCAGAGAAAAUAUCUCAGAGAGGCAUGCAUUAUGGCAUUUUUCUUCUCAGAAGUGAGCAGUGUGCGACUGUGCAAUGUCCCCUUGUGUAAUGCCAAGUAAAUGCCAAGUAGUUGAGAAAAUUGACAAACUCCCCCAGGAGCCCAUGGGCUCCUGACUCCCCUUAGUUAGGUCCAAAUUCUCAAGAUGCUGAAGUCUUAACCAUGGUAACAGACGCUCCUUUUAAUUACCAAUAAACGAAUUGAAAGAGGAAAUCAUAUAAAAGGCUUUUUACCAGCUUCCCAAAGAAUAAUCAAACUUAAUUUUGUAUUAAUCUAAUGCAUUGUUUUUUGAGUUUUGUACAUUGUAUAAUGAUUAGGUCUACUACAAGUCGUAUUUCUCUGAAGAGGUAAAAAAAUUAUAAUAGUUUAUGGGAAGUUAUUGUAAGAUCGUAAUAGCGUUUUACAGGAGAUAUUUUUAAUAGAAACACAUGAAUCAAAA